AUGUCUGGAGUAUGGAGGAAGCUGUCGAGUGACUGUAGAGCUGCGCAGCCAUGGCGAACAAUCACUUCCCGCUCUUCAUCUUCCUCCUCAGCCAAUAUAUCGGCUGCCGUCGACUCCAUGUUGUUCCGCUCCCUCAAGGAGCACUACCUCGACGUCUCCAAGAUGAACCCUCCGCCGAAAGUGAGCCCUCCGUCGGGCUUCACAGUGCUGAAGGGGGCGCUGGAUGGGAGUAACGGCCCUGUGCUCAGUCGGAGUUACGGCGACGAAGAAAUCAGUGUAUCUGUUAUGAGGUUGUCCACCAUAGUGCCCGGAGGCGGCGGCGGCGAUGGAGAGGAAGAGGAUGAUAUCAAUCAGCUGUUUGUUCAUGUGGAUGUCUCCAAACCUGACCAGCACAAGUCUCUGAAUUUCCUCUGCGGACUGUAUCCUGAUGCCCUGGGUAUUCACUCUGUUUCGUUGAGGCCCAAGCUUGAAGCUUCUGGCUUUUUUGAGCUUCCAUCCACGUACAAUGGCCCGGUUUUCGGGGACCUGGAUCAGAAGAUGAGAGAUGCAUUCCACGACUACAUCGACGAGCGAGGGGUGAACGAAGAUCUAUUUGCUUUUCUUCAAGCCUGGUUGUAUGUGAAGGAUCACAGGAAUCUGCUGCGUUGGUUCAAGACAGUGGGUUCGCACAUUAAGGAAAAAUCGGUCACAGAAGAUAACAUAGGCGCUGGAAUUAGCAUGUAGCAGGUUUAGUUAAAAACAUAAAUGAGUGAGUGAGUGGUUGAUUUACUGAUGAGUACUACUCCCAGUUAGUAUCAUUUUGGAACUGCUCUUCUUGUAUACGACGGCAUUGAUUAUUACAGAAUGUUGUUUCGAUCAUAAAAUCACACGAAGCUGAAACUGAAACUGAAACAUAUCUGGCUUCAGAAGCCAGAGAAAUUGCAGUACAUGAACAUGACACUACAUAAACAGCUUAUUGCCACCCUGCCACCUAAUAACAUCAAUGGUGGUGGUGAUGGAACAACAAGAAGUGGGGCAUUUGUGGACUCCAAGCUGCUGCACCAAUCUCCAAGUUAGUCACAGUGGCUUGGACGUGCACCACGAGUCAGCGAGACCAAGCUUUUCUACGUCAUUUCCAAAUAAUUUCUAGUGUUUUUGUGCUUUAGCAAGGUGCAAACAGAAAACUGCUAAACUCCAGAGUUGGCGGUCUCCCAAGAUGCUAAUGCUACUGUCCCUGGUAAAGGGUUGCUGCUACUGCUGGUGAUGGUUUUCGGCCCGGAUGCAAUCAGACCCUUGUUUAUGUCACCUUUCGAUGAUAAGUCAGAGCUACCAACACAAAGUAAGCCUUUUUGUUGCAUCAGUCAGACAGUCACAUGAAAUCACCUGUACUUGACAACACACGAAAAUCUUCAGUGUUCAACAUUUUCAUCAAUUUCUUUAAAAGGCAGUUUACCAGUGCCAUUUGGUUCCGUGAUCUGGGAACUUGACCAUAAGGAUCAAAUGGUUUUUCUUCAUUGAAUUGCAAUUCCUUCAUCACUACGAGAUUGCAAUGCGUGGCCCUCCUGCUGGAACACCCCCAUCCUAGUUUGUUCAUUAGCUUCAACAUCAGUACGUCCCUCUCCAAGGAAGCCUCAUAAUUUCGAGAGUAGGGGUGCCUCUUCACAAAGGGGGAUCUCAGUGACCAGGCUUAGUGGCUUUUUACCUACACAAAUCCUCCAACUUGUCCACCUUG